AUGAAUGUUGCAGGGUUUUCUGACUUGCGCCCUCCACCACCCGCAAAAAGGGUUAAGCUAGUAUCUACUUGCGAUACUUGUAAGAACAGGAAAGUGAAAUGUGACAGAGUGAGACCAAAAUGCGGUACAUGCAAGAAGACGGGUCGUGAGUGUGGUUACAAGUAUUCUGACACGACACAUGAAAUGAGAGAAAGUGGGGCCAGAUCGCGUGCUGAAUUGGAGUACAUGAAGGCACAAGUGCAAGAGUUGAUGAAUACACAGUUCAACAAUGUCGUUCAAAUGCAAAAUUGCAUUGCCGUUGCCGUUAAGAGUGCUGGAGUGGACAUGACCAAUGGAGACCAAAUAGCAAAUAUAUUAGCCGCACCAGACAUACCGCUGAGAAAUAAUGAUCUAUUCAGGAUUCCUGGAGACAGCGCAUUGUUUUCAGACCAAUAUAACCUUAUCCAACAUCUUGCAGCAGAAACAUUAAGCUACUCUACGGAAAUAGCUGCGCAGAUUGAUAGGGAUAAAGAACAACGUCUGUACGAUCCGCAUCAUGUUCUAAACUACGCGGAUUUCGCUGUACUCGCACAACAACAGGUGAAAGAACCUCAAGGUCAAACGGCUGAUCAUCAGUCUAACGGCCAGACCAAUAGUCAAACCAAUGUCCAAGGCAGUAGUCAGAAUGCCAACGAAGACGUUAUGAUGGAGGAACUGGUUUCGGCUAUUGACGAUUUGACUCUGUAUCAGUCGACCAGAUAUAUUGGCGAGGGAUCGCUUUUGCUCAUUGGCAGUACCGAUGAUAAUGGAGAAAAAUUUAUUACAGAACCUCAUCAGUGCUUAGCUGAAGUUGAAGAGGGAUUAAGGGCGUUACCUACUUUUCAGACCGCAAAGGAAUACGUAGAUCUGUAUCUGAAGCAUGUACACCGUUAUACUCCAUUCCUAAGACGAGCGAUUUUUCAUAAUGCACUCAACGGUCCACUAAAUCCACAACAUCUCUUAAUCCUCAAUUGUAUAUUCUUUGCGGCAGCUCCAUUUCAUCAUGAUCCAGAGAAGAGUAAUGGCAGAGUUUAUUUUGAAAGAGCAGAAGCUUUAUUGUAUAAAUAUUGUCGCGUUCGGCCGCAUGUGCUUACUGUUAUGGCCACCGUUUUAUUGAGUCAUUAUAAUAAGGAUGAGGUUGCUAAAUGGAUGUACAAUGGAAUUGGUACUAAGAUGUUGUUUGAGCUUGGGCUACACCGGAAAAUAAAAAAUGUCAAACCGAAAAUAGCCAAGGAGGUUGAGAGAUUACGAGACGAGGCCUUCUGGAUGAUAUUUAUUUCAGAAAACUUUAUUUCAGCAGCUUACGGCCGUCCCAAUAUGAUUGAAGAGUCUGAUUGCGAUAUAGAUGUACCAUCAAUUCCUCAACUAAUUAAUCCGUUGGAUGAUGAAACAAGACUUCAUAUUGCGUUCAUACAUCUUAUUACUCUCAGUCGCCUUUGUGUCAAAGUACGCAAAUAUUUACAUGCGGCAUCAAGACUCAGGCCAAUGUUUGAGCAGGAAGAUAAAAAUAAAUUUAGAUUGUUGGAUUUGUCAUUGAGUACAUGGCAUCGAGAGUUACCACCCUGGUUACAGAUGAGUGAAUUAUCAAAGGAUGAAAAUAGCACUCUGCUCAACGGUAUUGGAGGUGACUUGCACCUCUUCUACGGGGUUGUACUUAUCUUGCUUCACAGUAGAUAUUUAAAACCACCGGGUCCGUAUUCCAUAUAUACAAUUUAUCCUAUUGAUUCGCCUCAAAUAUGUACAAAUGCUGCAACGACACUUGUGAAUUGGCUACAAUACAUACUCGAAAAGUCACCUGACUUCUUUGCACUUGCAAUAUGUGGUGUCACGGCUAUUAAUCCGGCUAUGCGUGUAUUUAGGUGGAACGAGAAAUAUGAUGCAAACGAAAGAGUUCGAUUAAAGGCUAGUGAAAUGAUAGGAAAGCUCGAGUAUAUAAGGCAGCAGACGGAUAACGUUCGCAACAAAUAUGACAGAGGUAGACUUGAUGGAGAAUUAGGACUAAACAUUGAGCAGUCUAUUGACGACUCCUUUGGAAGAGUUCAAUUGACAUUGGAGACUAUUGAGGUCGAUAUUAGUAGAAGAGACUACGAAGUGUAUGUUAAUGAUGACGAUUUUGAACUUAGGGAACAAUAUCGGAGGUUAAUGUGGAGGCAACGAACACCAUUACGAAAAUUAACUAGGCCUUUCAGAAGUAAUAGUAGAGCUAUGAGUGGCAUAGUUUAUUCACAUAAUCGUUCACAAAGUGGCAGUCGGUAUGAUAAUCAAUUCAUGGUCAUGCCAAUUCCGGAAACAGAUUUACCUAAUUUCGUUUUUACGCCGAAAAGACAAAUUUCAUUCGGAGACUAUCAACCUGCUUCUGAUAAUACAGAGGGACAGCAAUAUGAAGAAGUUGCCUCAGUAAUGUCUAAUAACCAGAUAUGUGAUGAACCAGGACCGAUAAUGCCACCGGAAUAUGUGAAUCCGCUACAGAUUGACAACCUUCAGAAUGGCCAUAUACAAGAACAAUAUCUGCAACAAGCAACAUCGGUACAAUCGCCACAUGAAGAUAUAGAACAACCAUCAUCACAACCAUUAUCACCAAAACCAUCACCACAGCCACAGCAACAACAAUCACAACAACCACAACAGCAGCAACACCCAAAACAACCACCACCACCGAUACAACAACGGCAAAAUCAAAAGACAGCACUGCCAUCACCGCCACAACAGCUGUCCAAGUACGUCAACCCACUCUCACCGCAGCUCGAUGAAAAAUUGCCAGUAUUGCCGAUGACACCCCCACAUCAACAAUAUGCUGAUGACCUCUCGGGCAAUGAAGGCCCAAUGCUUUGUUCGCAACCAGACAACCCAGCACGCACUUUCUCAAAUUCAUCUAAUAAGUCUGUUAUGCUUACACCUCCUCAGCAUCCGCUUGAUUUUUUCGAUUGUUUGCCUGAGGGUGAACUCGAGACUGAUAUUUUGAAUGGUAUAAACGCGUUACAUAAUGAACAGACUUGA